AAUUAUGGAAAGUUUAAAAAGCGGAAUGGUUGCUGGAAAACAAGGAAGUGUUCUACAAACUGCAAACAAAAUAUUUAAUAAUAUUUUAUCAAAAGGAACAAAGAAUGAAGCUGAAAAUGAAGAACUAAAACUGAUCUGGCAACUAAUUGGUUCGUCACAGGUUGAAUGUUCUCAGUCUUGUAGCUAUCUACUGUUAAAACUAGUUGAUCUAAACUAUAUUUCCCCCCAGCCUGCCAUAGUUCAUCUUCUCUCCUUGCUAAGUCAUGGCAUGUCCUUUGAGGGAAUUGUUCCUGCCGUUGGAAAACUAUUGGGAAAACUGGUUGAGAGGAGUAUAGAGAGUACUGGUGAAUAUAUUCCAUCCUACUGUAUCAGUUCAAACCAACAUCCAUUCAUUUCAAUUCUUAGGUCUACGCCAUCAACUUGGAACCUGGUCUUAGAGCAGUGUUUGAUCCUGAUAUCCCACCCAGUACCUGGAGUUCAGCAGCAUGCUCUAGUUCUACUCCGUCCUGUUCUACUUUAUCUGUUCUGUGAUCCAAACUAUCAUAUUCAUUUUGCCCCAAUCCGAGCAGUUCUAUUUAAAACUAUUCUCAAGUUGAGUGAGGAAAAGAGCGAAUAUUUUAAGUUUCUGAAUGAUCUGGUCUCAUGGAUACCAUUCAACGACAGAACCUGUAUUUCUGAGUUCCUUGAGUACUUCUUCUCCUUCUUUCAACUUGUACAGAAAAGACAAGAAAAUGAUUUACUUCAGGACCAGGUGCUUGUUCUCACAAGCCUUAUGGUUUAUCAAUCGAGGUUUGGUUUAGAUUUCUCUCCGUCUCUUCUCCUCCUCCGUAGUUUCAUUAGCUCCGACCUAGUUCAGAACUGGGAUCCACAUGCGCUUAUGUUCUCUAUUAUACUGGACUCUGCUCCACUUGGAACUGAAGGAGAUCUGGUAGAGUUCUGUUUAGAGUUGAUCAGAGCAGACAAACUUAGUAAAUUGGUAGCAGGUGUUCUUGUAUCAUCCUUUCUCCAGUGUUUAUCCUUCGACUCCAAUAUUCUUGAUUCUACUGCGAGAAAAGCAGAGUUUAUCAGGGUUUGGGAGAAGAAAGUUUGGAUUGAUAAAUCUCCAGUAGUUUUUGCAAAACAACCUUUCUUCAAUGAGCACGUGAACAAAGCUAUUGAAAUCUCUUAUUCUGCUGUUCUACUACAAAAGUCGGACUCAAUUAGGUUGGAUUGGUUAUCAGGGUUAGUCAAGAUGGAACACAAAUCUCUAUCUGAUUUCCUCCCUCUUCUAGCAUCGAUAUUCCUGUCUUCUACACUAGCUAAAGAGGCUGGCCUCGCAUUGAACCUCAUGCUCGCAUGCGUCAAGGAAAAUGCCAGUUUAAGUUCUAGUAUCCUAACCCUGGUUCUCCGUAAGCUCUCGUGUUCUACUGCAGACCCUGAGAUUAAACUAUCCCUACUUCAGGCUCUGCCCAGUAUGGCCGGAGACCGGAGUUGUAUAUCUCUAAUAUUAAAACUUCUUGGAUCCUUCUCUGCCAAACCCAACCUGACUCCGCUCCGGCUCAAGCUCCUUCUUCAACUCUGGAGAAAAGAGCCGAGAUGCUUUCAGUUUCUUCAUAAGGCCUUAGAGGAGCCAGUUGUAGAGACUGUAUUCAUGGAAACUCAGAUUACUAGAGCACUCGUCAUUAAGGAUAUAUUGAGUACACAUGGAGUAGAAUACGGAUCUGAUCUUCUCUCUAUAAUUUCAUCAAUAGUAAACCAGUGCUCUAACCAGGAGGUGACUGUAGCUGCAACCCUAGCACUUGAAUCUAUUUAUCUACUGUGCAAGGAAUCUGUUAUUGAUAUUAGAACUACGCUCAAGGUGUUGGCCCCGAAGUGUUCAAAGGAUGAGAGACCCAAGGUGGUAGAGGCGUACAUCAAGCUGCUCAGUCUGGCACCGAUAUUUAAAGUGCCAGGAAUCGAUUACUCCAAGUUUGUGUCAGACUCCCUCUGCUGGUUGUGGAGGAUAGUGUCCACCUCUAGCAAUCCCUCAAUCAUCUACUCGGCCUAUCUAUCUAUCUCCGCCUACCCUUUAGAAACUAUACAAUUGAGAAUGCUCCCUGAGUACGCUAGACAGGGGGUUAAACUACCCUCGGAGUACUGUUCCACUCCGGCAGAUGCUGCAAGAAAACCUGAGGACGUUCUCCCAUAUGUACCCGGAGACUGUUGGUCCAAGCUGAUCAACCUACCCGGAGCCAAACCGGAUACCACCGCACCUAAUCCUAUCCUGAAAGGGGUGAAAGCUUUACUCCGAGCCCUCAUUCAGGCAGAGAUUACAAACCUUCCUAGAUCUGUUUAUCAUCUAAGUCAAGCGAUGCAGAACUCGGGAGCAGAACCCGUUAACUACAAUCAUCUUCCUGUACAUAGUGUACUCAGAGGUAUUCUGAAUCAUGUUCUGGUCUGCAAAGACUUGGUUCAUCCUUCAAAUACAAGCACAGAACUAGAGCUAGUUGGUGAAGUUUGCCUUGGUCUGCUUGGAGAGGAGUAUGGUCGGCCCCUGCCGCCACUCGACUGGUUAAGCAUGGAUCAAUUCUUAGAUAGAUCUAGGCUUAAAGCCGGCUUUAUCCAGUUAAUAUCAAGACAGGCCGAGCAUUCUAGAUCAGCCCGUAUUAUCCUGGAGAGACAGCUGGGGAGUGGAUUAGACUCAGAAACAGAAUCUUUGUAUUUUCAACAGUUAAAACACAUACCAUCAUCUGUACUUGGUACUUUUAUAUCUAGGUGCUUACCGAAAGCAUUAAAGCAAGCUGAGACUGAUACUGAAGUUGAUGGGGAAACUGUUAAAGAAAAUGAAGCAACGAGACGUCUAAAGAUUUAUCUCAGCUGUAUGCAAGACACUCUUUCUAAGACUGAUGUAGCGGAAGGAAGUGUCCUUGUGAUAUCAAGUGCAUUAGAGGAGAUUUACGAGAUGUUCCCUUCAAACCUACCAGCAUAUCAGGACUAUAUAGACACCUUGUUUCUGCUACGUAUGAAGAAAGUAGAACGACUAAGCUCUCCUGCAGUUUGGUGGCAAAUUACUCCAGACAAAAUCUACAGUGCUGGUAGUUUACGUACAAAGCUUGCCUUGAGUGAUACAACAGAAACCCCUCUCACCUGGCUCAACGAGUUGCUGGAGGUAGCUGCUAAGCAACCAGGAGAUUUCUCCUUCCUUCUCCGUAACCUGGAUUCAGUUCUUAUCUUAGCACGAAGUAAAUCCAACCAGGCAUGUUUAACCUGGCUGCUGGAGCUUAUGGGUCAAGUGAGUAGUCUCCUGCGCAAAUCUGGAUCAGAGAAUGCCGCGGAAUUUCUCAUUGACGUUUUUAUUCUGGCAGUAGUAGUCUUUACAGGAACUGACGCCAUUUGCAUUCCAAGGGAACAAUUGUGCAUGUCUCGUGGAGUGCGACAAUCUCAGCUACCCACCGCGCUCUUGCGCUUGUGCGCAUGCGCACCCGGGUUAACCGGUCAACUGUCGGAUUGGUGUAUGCGACUGGUGAAGAAGAAUUUAAACUCAAACAUUAGUGAUUGUAUGCGCGCUUGUCUACCCGUAUUCAAAUAUUCUGCAAACUGGACUGAGGCUUUCAUGUGGGGCAGGGUUCUUCUUUUAUAGAACAAUCCACUAAAACAAACUCUAUUAUUACAUUUUCAGAAA